UAUCGGCGCUACAUCGAUACACGCUUCAGAUAUUAUGAGCUCGGCGCGGCGAAGGGGCGCCGCCGACCUGCACCUCCAUGUCCCACAAUACUCCGCCAUGGCCGAAGCCAACGGCAACGCGGCCCUGCGCACACCUUCUAUUGCCUCUUCAUCCAGCUAUACACACCGGCCGCUCGUCGCACGCACCAUGUCUACGACUUCCAUGCUCUCAAGCGAUGGCGAAGGCGCAGUGGAACAGCCCUGGACACAAGCGCAAGAUUUACUGCUGUCCAAUAUUUACGACAUGGAAUUGACGACGUAUUCACAUGCGAAUCCGCCAUUUGUUCCCUCUGCGCCGCCACCUGCGCUUCUGUCGCGUGUCUCGAAACGCGCCAUCAAGUCAGCGGGUGGUGCUGCCGCUUGGCCACAUACUUUGCCGCAAACGAGAAAGCAUCUAUUGAUUCUGGCACGUCGGAAUGCGCCUGAACCACCUUCACCGCAUCUAGCGCCGGAUGCGCCCAUGACAAACCCUAUGGGCGUUUUGACGAAUGAGCAACCUGGGUUCUUUAGCCAGCGUUAUCGUCAGCUAGAUCGACAGCAACAACACCAUGUGGAUGAGGAGAUGCUCAAUAGUCCCUUUGAUGAGCGUACGUUUGACUUUACUGCUCAACCAGGACACAGAGGUUCUCCCAAAUCGCCUCGCAAGUCAAGCGAGCGGAUUCGCAAUAACCAAGCAGCCGCAGCUGCAUCGUCUGCAUUCCUUGCAGCGCAUGAACAGACUAAAGCGCAUAGCAGGCCUGAUCUCAUGCGUGUUGGGAGUUUUGGGUUCGGUGUACCCUUGACGCCUCGCAAGGGGGAACGGCGAACCAGUCAAGAUUCCAUGAUUGAUGGUGGUGCGAUACCAACAAGAACAAUUGCUCAGCCAACACUCAAACAUGGCAGACAGGAAGAGACGGUACCGCUGUAUCGACGCCGUGAACAGCAGAUGCACGGACCUGGGCCGUUGCAACCGUCUUCCUCGCUUGAUGAGAUGGGCGAAGGGUCUGCACAAGGUAUGGACAAGCGUGUUGCAGAGAUGAUGCUGUCGCCGCGGCGGUCUUCUCGACUGCGUUCAAGCCAGCCCAUGAAGCGGACAAACAGCUCACUGAGCAUCACGGACUAGCAGCAGACAUUAAUCAGAAUGAGAAAUAGUUAUUGAGAUUGAGAGGGUGAUUGAUGAGCAGUGUCUGGCAGCCUGACAUAGCCUCUGUCCCAAUUUACAUCCUCAU